GCCCCCCCCGCCGCGGCCGGCCCCGCCGCGCAGAGCCAGCGCGGCCGCGGACCGGAGCGCACCAUGUGCGGAAUCUUUGCUUAUCUGAACUACCAUGUUCCCCGGACAAGAAGGGAGAUCCUGGAGACCCUUAUCAAAGGGCUCCAACGUCUGGAGUACAGAGGUUAUGAUUCUGCAGGUGUGGGAAUUGAUGGUGGAAACGACAAAGACUGGGAAGCAAAUGCUUGCAAAAUCCAACUUAUCAAACAGAAGGGGAAAGUGAAGGCUCUGGAUGAAGAGGUUCACAAGCAACAGGACCUGGACCUUGAUAUUGAGUUUGAUGUCCACCUGGGAAUUGCCCACACCCGCUGGGCCACCCAUGGGGAGCCCAACCCAGUCAACAGCCACCCCCAGCGCUCCGAUAAGAACAACGAGUUCAUUGUCAUCCACAAUGGCAUCAUCACCAACUACAAGGACCUGCAGAAAUUCCUGGAAAGCAAGGGCUACGACUUCGAGUCGGAGACGGACACGGAGAGCAUCGCCAAGCUGGUGAAGUACAUGUACGACAACAGGGACAGCGACGACAUCAGCUUCACCACCCUGGUGGAGAGAGUCAUCCAGCAGCUGGAAGGUGCUUUUGCCCUUGUGUUCAAGAGUGUUCAUUACCCUGGUCAGGCUGUUGGUACCAGGCGGGGCAGCCCUCUGCUCAUCGGGGUGCGCAGUGAGCACAAACUCUCCACUGACCACAUCCCCAUCCUCUACCGGACAGGGAAAGACAAGAAGGGGAGCUGCAACCUGUCUCGUGUGGACAGCACCACCUGCCUCUUCCCUGUUGAGGAGAAAGCUGUGGAGUACUACUUUGCUUCUGAUGCUAGUGCUGUCAUUGAGCACACCAACAGAGUGAUUUUCCUGGAGGAUGAUGAUGUGGCAGCCGUGGUCGAUGGCCGCGUUUCCAUCCACCGCAUCAAGCGCACAGCAGGCGACCACCCCGGGCGUGCUGUCCAAACCCUGCAGAUGGAGCUUCAGCAAAUUAUGAAGGGUAACUUCAGCUCCUUUAUGCAGAAGGAAAUUUUUGAACAGCCAGAAUCUGUUGUUAAUACAAUGAGAGGAAGGGUCAACUUUGAUGACUACACUGUAAAUCUGGGUGGGCUGAAGGAUCACAUCAAGGAAAUCCAGAGGUGUCGCCGUCUGAUCCUCAUCGCCUGCGGGACGAGUUACCACGCGGGGGUUGCGACCCGUCAGGUUCUGGAAGAACUGACUGAAUUACCUGUUAUGGUUGAACUAGCCAGUGACUUCUUGGACAGAAACACCCCUGUCUUCAGAGAUGAUGUUUGCUUUUUCAUCAGCCAGUCAGGUGAGACAGCAGACACUUUGAUGGGGCUGCGGUACUGCAAGGAGAGAGGAGCCUUGACUGUGGGCAUUACAAACACAGUUGGCAGCUCCAUAUCCCGAGAGACAGACUGUGGGGUCCACAUCAAUGCGGGACCAGAGGUUGGGGUUGCCAGUACCAAGGCCUACACCAGCCAGUUUGUCUCCCUGGUGAUGUUUGCUCUGAUGAUGUGUGAUGACAGAAUUUCUAUGCAGGAGAGGCGCAAGGAAAUCAUGCGUGGUCUGAAGGGGCUGCCAGACUUAAUUAAAGAAGUGUUGAGUAUGGAUGAUGAGAUCCAGAAGCUGGCCACUGAGCUGUACCAUCAGAAGUCUGUUCUCAUCAUGGGACGUGGCUACCAUUAUGCCACCUGUCUUGAGGGAGCCCUGAAAAUUAAAGAAAUUACCUACAUGCACUCUGAAGGGAUAUUGGCAGGUGAGCUGAAGCAUGGCCCUCUCGCCCUGGUGGACAAACUCAUGCCUGUGAUCAUGAUCAUCAUGAGAGACCACACCUAUGCCAAGUGCCAGAAUGCUCUCCAGCAGGUGAUUGCACGGCAGGGGCGACCUGUUGUGAUUUGUGAUAAGGAAGACAUUGAGACAAUUAAGAACAAUAAGAGAACAAUCAAAGUUCCCCACUCAGUGGACUGUCUGCAGGGGAUCCUGAGUGUUAUCCCCCUUCAGCUUCUGGCUUUCCACCUUGCAGUUCUCAGGGGAUAUGAUGUUGAUUUUCCAAGAAAUCUGGCCAAGUCCGUAACUGUAGAGUGAAAGAUCAUCUGAAUCAUAGGGGCAAAGGGGAAUUAAAUGAAAGACUCUUUUUGGUACCAAAAUAACUUGAUUUUAAAGCCCCCUAGGUAAAUCUUAUUUUGGUAAAUCAUUGUUUGUGUAUAAGAUCACCGUAAUUCCAUUACAGUAGUGAUUGUCAAAUUGAUUCCACAUGCUAUGUCAAUAGCUUUGGGUUUUUCUGAACAGCAGAUUUCCACAAAAGAUGUUAAAUGGUUUUCUUUAAAGAUUACUGAGUCUUCUAGGUAAGGGGCCCUCCACUUUACUUUAUGAUACAGUCAUUGUUCCUUAUCCAAUGUGGCUCAUUCCAGUUGUAGAUGAGAAACCAUUGAAUGAAUUUCCUGUCAUGCUCUCAGGCAGUGAAGCACGACACCAGAACAUGCAACUCGAACAAGAGCUGUUACUGGUCAUACUUUUACAGAUAUUUUAACAGUGAACAAAACUGUAAACAAGCAUUUUGGGGGGUCAACUUCUGCCUUAUGUACAACAGGGAGUUCAGCUGACUCGUCACAACCUCCUAAACUUUUGAUGCAGGAUAAAAGUGCUAAGAAAAUAAUGUUGCUUCAGAAGGAUUUUAUCUAUGCCAAAUACAUAGCAAGUGACAAUCUCAUAGACUCGGUGGGCCACAACACACUGUGUAAACACCAGCAUAAGCCUGUAGUUGUGCCCACACAGACAGUGAACUCAUGCCUUGAGUGUCAGUGGAAGCAGUGGCUGACUCGGUGUGGAUGCUGACCAAAGUGGGGGAGAAGAGAGGGACAGGACCAGUGCUCAGCUCGUGCUGGUGUUUUGUUGCUGUUUUUAAAACUGAGUAGAAGCCUUCCCAUGCUGAGGAUUUUUCCUCUUGAAAUGAACACUGCAAACACAUCCCAUGGAACCAGCUUUAUGCUGCUGCAGAUCACUUACUAGUCUGAAUGUGUAGGAGAAAGCUUUGACCUUGUAUCUCUCUGGCAGAGAGACAGCACUCAUGCUGCCUUGCUGAGGCUACAUUAGCCAAAAUCUCUUACUAAAAGCAUGGCUUCUGGUUUAUUUAGGAGCAGUUUGUGUGUGACUUGUGUCAAAUUCAGCUGGUUUAGAAUUAGAGGGGAUAAAAAAAGCCUCGAUAAACAUGACAGAAAUAUAUACUUUGGCAAUAGUUUUGUAACAAGCUUGCAGAGAAUCAGAAAUUAGAAAAUACACCUUGAAGACGUAACACUGACUUUCUCAAAGGGCAGUAAGCUCUACAUUUCCUACUGCAGAAAAAGGUGAAUUUCCUACUAGCUUGAUGGGUUUUGAAUUAGCUUUACACACACACCAUAAAAAGAAAAAACUACUCCAAGGGGUAAAGAAAUGCUUGCCAAGUGCUGGUGAAUAUCCCAGGUCCCUCACUGCCCCCAAAGAACUGCUCUAACAAAUGCAGUACCCUUGAAAACCCAUCUCUCCCUGCACAGGGUGACUCCUGUUCAGCAUCAGCACUCCAGGCUGACAGCUGCUCAGACUGAGGUGUUUCCAAAGCCUAUGCCUGUAGUGAUUCCACUUUAUAUAAAAAUCACAGUAACUUAGAUCAAUGCAGUAGCAGCUCCAGACUUAGUUUUAUUGUGAAAUGCUGCUUGCCUGGAAACAGCUUCUCAAAACCAAUCUAUGUACAUAUAUUAAUACAUCAUAUUCAGACUGUUAAUUCAUGAAUGCAUUGUGCUGCCAGUGUCUGUUUAAGAACAAAGUAGUAAAUACUCCAGUUGAUUUAGACAGCAUUUGCUCAUCAGGCACUAACUCUUAACAGUUAUGUGCCUCUGCCUAAGCACAACCAGGAGACUUCCUGGCUUCAUUUGAAGACAGCACUUAUCCUUAAGGAAAAAACAACACAUACUCCAUGCUAACAACUUGAGGACAGCUUCUCUUCACCCUCCUCCCACUCACCUUGUUUAAAAGAACAGAAACUGUGCAAACCUCUCACCCAGAGGGCUGGAACCCAGUAACCAAGUCAGGGCUCCCCCCCAUAUUCCCUCCCCAUCCCCACACCCCAAGGACUUGCUGGUUCACUCUAUGUGCUCAUCAGUGUGGGAGCUAAUGUGAAAGAGCCCUAGAAGAGAAUUAUUUCAAGAGGUUUUUUUUUUCUCCUGUACUGUUCAGAAGAAGAGCAGCAAGCAUUGCUUUUAUCUAGCCUUGUGCAGAUGAUUGUCUCCUAUCCCUGGUAAGACACAAGUUGCUGUUCUGUAAAAGUUCAGUACUGCAGGCUGUCAAAUAUUUAUGAAAGGAAGUUGUAUACAGAGGACCAAAGAACAGGAGUCUAAGUAAAAAAAAAUAUGUCUGACACUCUCAUAUUGGGUGUAACUGUACAGAUAUUGCUGAGCUAUUUGGUUUUAUGCUGUGAUAGACAAAUCCUUAGUCUUUGUAAUUUAAGGCAUUACAACUCAUGACAGAAGUAAAGGUAGCAUUUCCCCCCCUGCAAUUCUGCAAGUUGCCAGCAAACUGCCUGUGUCAAAGAGCCUGCCAAAACAGAGGGUUAGUUGCUACUUGCAGCUAUGCUGCUGGAUGUUGUAGUGCUUAAUAUCAAAGAAUGCUGUGGAGCAUACUUGCUAUGAAGAAUUUCUCUGAUGAGCAUGGUAGGGAAUCUGUUAAGCAUCUCACUGUUGUUAAUUGCCAUGCCUGUGUGAAGUGAGAAUGUAUAAAGGACUCUUCUUAGCUUUCCUUACCUCAUUUUGUCUAGAUGUGUUGCAUUUUGAUGAACAGAUGAUGCUUCUCUUUUCCUUAGAAAACUUUUAGAAUGUCUUGUGAUAUUUAUUAACAGCCAGUCAGUCUUCUGCUCUCCAAAAUGAAUGUUUUGCUUACUGAGCCAGUAAAAUUCCCUCCUUCCUAACUGAGGUGUUAAAAAAAUUCAGUCACCCUGUCACUAAAAUUGAGCCACAGGUAAAUACAGAUAAAGGCCUUUGCCCUUUGGAAUAGCAGCUGCCUAUUGCUGCAUAUGUUUUUCAGAAUUUAUUUUGAUUUAAGGAACUGUUUUCCUCAUCUGUGUCUACAGAGGUUUUUAAAAGCAAGCAUACACCCACAGGUCUUAGGAUUUUUUAAUUACCAGAGAACUUCAGGCUCAGCUCACGUUGUUUCUGCCCAACAGACCUCAGAGAAAUUCCACACGACUACUAAAGUUAUUCCACACACCAUAGGAAAUUAGGUUGUACAUUAAAUAUACUUUGGUCAGAAAGGUUUUGCUUCCUAGCUCUGCUAGAGAAAGGCUACAGACAGCUCUUUUCUGAAGUUUUUGGAUGAGUGAGCAAUGUCUGUGUGCAUAUCCUUACAAAGAGCCCACACCAAUGCUUGGGGAGCUGUGUCCUUGGAAGGUGCAGCAAUGAUGUGACAAAUGCCAUCUCCUUAUUAGCAUGCUCUUACUGACCAAGGUAAUUCCCCGCCACUGACAUGGGGAUGCCCUCCUAGCCAGAAAGCUGCCUUGACACCCAUGUUUGAAGUCUCAACCCUUCUGUGCUGGAAGAGUUCCACAGAGGCCAUUUCUGACUCAAGUGGGAGGGAGCUCAUGGACAGGAUGUGGAGCACAACUCUGCUCAGGGAGGAGCCUUAGGACUAUCCUGGACACACCAGGCUGGGUUAAGAUGCAGCUUACAACAUCUAAAGGCAUAAUGAAUACCACCAGGCUGAGGCUUUUCUCCUCUCUAGCUGUCACUAGCAGUCCUUGGUGCCCCGAGUUAGGUGUGGGAUGGAGGGAGGGACUGAAGUGCAGUGCCUGAAGUAGCACAUCAGUGUUUAGCUGUGGCUGAUUUUAGGUCCUACCUGAAUGUACCAAACUUGCCUCAAAGCACGGAGUUCCUCCUCUACAUCAGAAACAGGAAGAAGAAACAAAGUAUUUGGCUUGAAUAAAAGGAAAACUAUUUGCCUUUAAUUCAGUUUCUGUAAAUAGGCAUUUGAAGUGGCAAAUAGCACCGUCCCUUCCCUUCUAGAUCUGUUUGCCUCGCCUGUACAUAUCCAGCUGGCUUGUGGGGACCAGUCUGUAUCUUGUUUCCUCUUGUGUGCUGUACGCAGAAGAUGUCUUUCUUUUGUCUGUAGUGUUUUAUAAUUUGGGUUUUGUCUUUCUGCUUACUUUUUUGUAUCUCACCCUUUGAAUAAAAUCAAGUGCCCGACAUUAAACAAACUGAAUUACUGGUC